GGCUGCUCUCUCUCGAGUCCCGGUCUAACCUCUGUCAUGAUAAGACGUAAACAAGUUCGGAUUUUGUGAUUUUUUGGAACGUGCCUUGGAAUUUUCCAAGACUUUGCUCUCAAAAUAUAUCAUAAAUCGGAAUAAUGGCGUUGGGGCAUAACUCUUAGAGAGGCUGGAGCCAAAUAUUGAAGUUGAAGUUCUGACAAAAUUCACGCGUCGUUCGUAUAGGAGAUUGCCGAGAUUAUGUCGCAUAGUUUAAGGAUUUAAUAGGAUUUUGUAAAAUAAUCUAUCAUAGGAGAGAUCAUCAGUGCGAAGAAUGCAUCCUCUGAGAAAGUUGUCUGGUUUGUUUGCACGAACGCUGAGGCACAAUGUGCGGCGAGCUCUAACCUCUCAACCGGACGCGAAUGCGAAUGCCAAGAAGGAUAAAGAAAAAACAAUAGUGGUAGAUCAAAUCGGCAAAGUCACCAUGAUCGGUAUCAACCGGCCGGAAAAGCAGAAUUCCCUGAAUACUACGACCGCGCAGUUACUGUCGGAAGUACUGGACGAAUUUGAAAAUAACGAGGAGACGUCGGUGGCGGUGUUGCACGGGAUAGGAGGCAACUUUUGCGCCGGUUACGACCUUCAUGAGAUCGCGAACUACGACGGCGAGUGUGAAGAUGGUAUUCCACACUUUGGACCAUUGGCAAACAGAACUGAAUUGUCCAAAAAACCACUGGUGGCAUGUUUGUCUGGAUACACAGUUGGCAUAGGUUUUGAACUGGCGUUGAUGUGUGACCUGAGGGUCACAGAAGAGACAGCAAUGGUUGGUUUCUUGAACAGACGUUUCGGUGUUCCAAUCUUAUGCGGAGGCACUGUCCGUUUACCCGCCAUGAUCGGAUAUUCCAGAGCUAUGGAACUCAUAUUGACAGGAAGGCUGGUCACUGCAGAAGAAAUGUUGAAUUGGGGUAUUGCGAACAAAGUGACUGCCUGUGGUGCAGCUUUAGGUGUGUCUGUGAAUUUGGCGAACUGCCUGAUAAAAUUCCCACCGAAGACUUUGCUCGCAGAUCGCGCGUCAGCACACUUCGCUACUUUCUCAGCGAAACAGAUGGACGAGGCGCUGCAGUUCGAGAAGGAUAACGCGUCGCAUUUGGUGUUUGAGGAGGGUGUCACGGGCGCCAAAAAAUUCGUCGAAGAGGGAAUAGGAAAGCACGGGAAGUUCUACAAUAUCAAGGCUAUUGAUAAGAAUAUAAGAGAGCUUGAUAAGACUUUACUCUAGACGAAAAUUUCGGUUUAAGUUCACAUGUACAUGAUAUGACAUUUGAGGGUUUCGCGGUGUCCACGAAUAUUAGAUUUGGUUUCCGGGUUUGAGCUGCGUGGAUUCUUCUUUGAUUCCGCUACCACACGAUCUGGCUAGAUCCGACCAGAUAGUGUGGUAGCGGAGUCAAAGAAGAAUCUACGCGUCUCAAACCCGGAAACCAAAUCUAAUAAUGUACGUUCGAUGUAAUAUUUAUAGUUCAAAGUAUUUUAAGUUGAGUUAAUUCGUAAAAAUAGACUAAUCAUGAUACGUUCGAUGUAAUAUUUAUAGUUCAAAGUAUUUUAAGUUGAGUUAAUUCGUAAAAAUAGACUAAUCAUGAUACGUUCGAUGUAAUAUUUAUAGUUCAAAGUAUUUUAAGUUGAGUUAAUUCGUAAAAAUAGACUAAUCAUGAUACGUUCGAUGUAAUAUUUAUAGUUCAAAGUAUUUUAAGUUGAGUUAAUUUACAAAAAUAUACUUAUUUAAUAAAUUUGUCUUGUUUCAACAAUUAUUGAUUAUUUUGCAUAACAACGCUGUCAAUCAUGCAAAAUCCAACAAGCUGUAACCUCUAUGAAAAUAAAGAUUGUGAGAUGGUUCAAGAAAAAUUUUACAAUUAAAA